AUGGGUCUCUUCAAGCGCAAGGACUCCAAAAACUCGAUCCAGAGUGAGAAGGAUGAACAAGACUCAUUUGCGUCCGUCAACAGUGCUCGCACGUCCAAUGCCUCGUUGCGAUCGCCCGGCUACAAAGGAAGUGGCCUGCCCGCAUCAAUCCCCGAGUUGUCGAUUGCCAAACCCCCGGACCCAGCCCUAGACCCUGCGGCCUACCUUCGCAGCGUUCAUGCCGUACGAGACCGGGCUAAAUACGUGCUGGUAAAGGCCAAAAGGAAUAAACUUCAACACUUCGAGGUCGACAUGAGCAAGUUCCAGGCCACGGCAUCCUACAUCGUCUCCAUCAUCAAGCGCGACUAUGCUCCCGACUACGAAUCGAUUCCUCCCCAUGGCCGCUGGCAGCAUUUCGACGUGGGCGGCAGACCGCGUGUCAACCAGUUGCUGCAGUCCUGGCCUAGUACGAUCGACGCGCAAGAAAGAACUCGCCGAUUGAUCGAUCUCUUUGUCGUUUCGGUCCUCCUGGACGCCGGUGCCGGCACUAAAUGGUCAUACAAAUCCAAGGAGUCGAGUAGAGUCUUCUCGCGCAGCGAAGGCCUUGCGGUGGCCACCCUCGAAAUGUUCAAGAGUGGGCUCUUCAGCAGCGACCCAACCGAGCCGUGCCAGGUCGACGGGGCCGGGCUAAAGAAGGUAACGGUGGAAGUCCUGGCCAAGGGAAUGCAGCACUCUGAAGCCAACCCCCUCGCCGGUCUGGAAGGCCGCGCCGGACUUCUCGCUCGUCUGUCGGAAGCCUUGAACAACCAGGAAUUCUUCGGAGUGGACGCCCGUCCAGGAAACCUCCUUGAUUACCUUCUUUCUCAUCCGUCAACACUGGCUUCAUCCGUGCCGAUCGUUCCGAUCACUACGCUGUGGACCGUUCUCAUGGACGGUCUGACCCCGAUCUGGCCCUCCUCGCGAACCAAAAUCGACGGUCUGUCUAUUGGGGAUGCUUGGCCCUGUUCGAGCCUACCGUCAUCGCCUCCCGCGCAGCCCUGGGAGAACAUCGUACCAUUCCACAAGCUUACCCAAUGGCUGUGUUACUCUAUUAUGGUUCCCAUGUCUCGAUUGAUGAAGAUCCAUUUCGCAGGCAGUGAUCUGCUUACCGGUCUUCCCGAGUACCGAAAUGGCGGCCUUCUGAUCGAUAUGGGGCUACUGACUCUCCGAGAGGAUGACCUCCAGCGAGGAAUCGCCGCAUACAAGCAAAAUGCGCAGAUCAAGGGUCAACCGAAUAUGGAAGUGGUUCCCCUCUUCUCGACCGACGACGACGUGGUAGUGGAAUGGCGAGCGGUGACCGUUGGGUUCUUGGAUGACCUUCUGGAAGAAGUCAAUGGUCAGUUGGGACUCCGAGGGGAGGACCAAUUGACGCUUGCGCAGAUGCUCGAGGCUGGCUCAUGGAAGGGUGGCCGCGAGAUUGCCGAAGUCUCCAGACCCAACACGAAGGAACCCCCAAUCAUGAUCCGCUCCGACGGCACCCUUCUCAGCACCCGCUUCUGCGGGGUCAACGACCAGUCACCACUACCGUUCCCCUACAUACCUCCGGCCAACAUGGACGUGCGCAAGAAGAAGAGAAAGGUCCUCCUGAUGGGCAAGAGCGGCUCGGGGAAAUCUUCUAUGCGCUCAAUCAUCUUCAGCAAUUAUGUCGCCAAAGAUGUCCGCCGGUUGGGGGCGACAAUUGAUGUGGAGCACAGUCAUGUUAAGUUCAUGGGAAACCUCACGCUGAACCUGUGGGAUUGCGGAGGACAAGAUGCCUUCAUGGAGACUUAUCUCGCUUCUCAACGAGGUAACAUCUUCUCCGACGUUGCGGUGCUCAUCUACGUUUUCGACAUCGAAUCGCGCGAGGUCGAACGGGAUCUUGACACCUACAAUGCCAUCAUCAACGCUCUGAAAGAGUUCAGUCCGAAUGCCUACGUCUUCUGUCUCGUCCACAAGCUCGACCUCAUCCAGGCCGAGCACCGUCAACGCAUCUACGAGGAACGCUCCGCCCUCAUCCGCAGCCGCUCCGAGCACUUCUCCAUCGACACCUUCGGCAGCAGUAUCUGGGACCAAUCGCUCUACAAAGCCUGGGCCGGUAUUGUCCACCGCCUCAUCCCCAAUCUCACUGUCAUUGAGCGCUUCCUGCACGCCUUCGCCAAACGCAUCAAUGCCGAAGAGGUCAUUCUCUUCGAGCGCUCCACCUUCCUCACCGUCACCUCAGUGGCCUCCGAAGUCGGCGACCUCAAUCCCAUCUACGACCGCCACGAGCGACUCUCCAACAUCAUGAAGGCUUUCAAGCAUUGCGCCGCCCGCAAUACCCAUACCACUCCGGCGUCGGCCGGGUUCGUCGUCAUGCACACGAAAACGCCGCAGUUCAACGUCUUCCUCGGCCGCUUCACCGACAACACGUACAUCUUCAUGGUGGUUCCGCCUGGCGAAGCUGCAUACAACUGCGCCGUCAUGAAUACCAUGCUAGCCCGCGAGGGUUUUUCCAAAGCUGCAGCUACCGGCCAGGGCGAUGGAUUCCCUCUCCCGGCGCCAGAUUCGCCAGACGGCGAAACCACCCUCAACUCCCACGGUUGA